AUUAAGUCCUCCCAUUAUGCACUCUACCAAUGUCACCAUUAUGUGACUCAUAAGUGCACUAUAAAGCUCUACAUUAUGGUGGAGAAUCCUAGGAGCAUCUCUAUGCUACUAGUCUUCCAUGCAUGCCACAUGUGCUGCUGCCAUGUUGUCACCUUGUUGGCGCCAUGUCAUCUGCCACAUGUGACAGUACCCACCCGAUCCAACCCGGUCAACGCGGGUAAAACCCGUGUUGACGGGUUUUGGGCCGGGUUCGGGUUUAAACCCGCUACACUAUUCAUCGGGUUGGGUUGGGUUUGGGUUUAGGUAAACCCGCCCCAUGGGUACCCGCCCACACAUAUAAUUACUUUUCCUGUAUAUUUAAUAUUCUAAAUAAUAUAUUUUCUUUAAGCAACUAAUAUUAUUUAUGUUUGUAGAGACAUGUAUAAUUUGUUCUUUCUAAUUAUUUAGAAUGAAGUUGAUAUUAUGGAGUGGAGAGUGAGAAAACUUAUUUGACGAGGAAGAAGAUUUCAAUUAAUCUUGUUGUUUAUAAAUGUUUUAUCUUUAAUUUUGAACAAUUUGUAUUGAUCAUUUGCGGUUUGCUUGUAUGUUCUAGAUUGGUAUUUUUUGUAUGAAUAAUUUGUAUGAGAAAAGUGAUGUUAAACUUUUAUUUUGAAAGAAAUUUGUUAUUGUAAAUUUUUUACCACAAAACCCACGGGUACCCAUGAACCCGCAGAUACCCAGCGGGUUGGGUUGGGUUUGAGUUUUUCAAACUCAACGGGUUUUACCCCGGGUUUUUUUUGGCGGAUAAACCCCAUGAAUUUGGGUUUGAGUUUGACAAAACUCGCCCCAACUCGACCCAUUGCCAUCCUUAUCGACAACUGGUAUCAGGGUUACAGAGCCACAAACUAUGUGACUAACUUCUUAAGAGAAUUGAAUAAGAACUUGAUCACAAUUAAGUCUUUUAUUUAUUAUUUGGUUGUGUGUGGCUCGGUUGGAUUUGUUUUGGUUCGGUUUAUUAAACAUUUUAUUAAUUUUUUUUAAUGACGUGGCGUGCUAACUGCGCGCUGAGUAAAUGAAUUUUAAGAUGGAGAUGGACGGAAUAAUCUCUUUGGUAUUUGUCCAAAUAUGUUUUAUUGAAAAAAACAAAAUUAAAGUUUAGUGACUGUUUUGUAUUAAAUGAUAAGUUGUGUUACCGUUUAUAAUAAUUAUCCCGAAAGAUGGUUGUUUCUCAGUCUUUGCAACCAGAGAGACAAAGGGUUUUAGGGGAAGACCCAAAACCCCUCGUCUCGCCGAACUCUGAAAAUACAGCUCUCGACUAGCGGAUCCUCUCUUUCCCUUCCCCCAAGUCACUCACCGCCUUCUCCUCCGCCAUCAGGUUCCUUCCUCGCUCUCAUCUCCAUCCAUUACUACGACUCCCAGUCUGCUCGUCAUUUCGCUGUUUCUUCCACUCCGAUUGGCUCUUCUCACUUCCAUGGCGGGUCCGAUAAAUGACUGUCAAUCUCGUUUUGAAAACCGUUGUCUUUGGGAUCAACUUUUUCCCCCUGGAAAUUUCAGCUGAGAUUUAGUAACUUUGCAGGUGAACUCUAUGCGCCAACGAACAAGGGUUGACUUGGGAUCAGCUUCAUGCGCUAUUUGAAGGGUGGCGGUGGUUAUGGCCGGACGCUUGCCCGAGCCUGGUCCAGUCAAUCUCGGCGGAGUAGGGUAUUUGGCAUCCGGCUUCCAAGGGAGGAGAGGAAGGCCAUGGUUGAAUCGUUUGUGAAGCAGUAUCAGCAGUCGAACAAUGGGAAGUUUCCUUCCAUCACGUUGACAAAGCUGGAAGUAGGUGGUUCAUACCCGGUUGUGCGCCAUAUUCUUCAAGAAGUUAAGUUUGUUUGGAGACGAGAUCAAGUACCAAAACCGGGCCUCGCUGAACAAUGCCCUCGAGAAUCUAGACAGCUAGAUAUUGAAAACGCGCGGGAAAUUGAUGGCGAUUCGGUAACUGUCGAGAGAUUGAAUUCUGAUUUGGCAGAAGUUGCUGGGGUUAGUGAGGUUAGGCAACCGGCAGGAAUGGUAUUGGAGGCGCAUCGUUUAGAAGGAGAUGUGGAUUCCGUCAGAGCAAAUGCUGGCGACGUUCAAACAAGCGGAUCACUAGAGCAGAAUGAACAUGCCAAAGAAGUGUUGGAGGUAGUUGUAGACACCCCUUCAUUGGAAAUGAACGAUUCUGCAAAACUAAGUCUUGUAGAAGGUCAAGCUAGUCGAGGAUCAAUGGGAGUAGAGGAAAUUGUUGAAGUGAAAACAUCUGAGGUUAAAGUAAUUCCAGAAGGGAAUGUAGCUGUAGAUACAUCUCAUUCACAGCCUGUGCUAACUGGUGAAAGGGAGGAACUAGACAGAAGAAUUCAAGUUUCAAGCCCAGAUAAAGAUCGCACUAUAGAGCAAUCAUACAGCGGGAGCGAGAAGGAAGUGGUGGAUUAUCAGAACUCAUUGGCCUGCAAGUUACCUAGGGAGAAGAGGAAGGCCAUGGUUGAAUCGUUUGUGAAGCAGUAUCAGGAGUCAAACAAUCGGAAGUUUCCUUCCAUCAAGUUGACAAGGCAAGCAGUAGGUGGUUCAUACCUGGUUGUGCGCCAUAUUCUUCAAGAAGUUAAAUUUGUUUGGAGCCGAGAUCAAGUACCAAAACCGGGUCCUGCUGAACAAUUCCCUCAAGGUAUAGUAUCCACAGAACCUCAACCAUCUUCCGGGACUUUGUCAUUGAAUGGGACUGCAUCAAUGGCUGAUGAGCAGCACUCCAAAUCGGAAGAGGCGCAUCGUCCAGUUUCUGAUGUGCUUGGUGCGGAAUCUAAACAGCUAGGUAUUGAGAACCUGCGAGAAAUUGAUGGCGAUUCGGUAUCUGUCGAGAGAUUGAAUUCUGAUUUGGCAGAAGUUGUUGGGGUUAAGCAACCGGCAGGAAUGGUAUUGGAGGCGUAUCGUUUAGAAGGAGAUGUGGAUUCCGACAGAGCAAAUGCUGACGACGUUCAAACAAGCGGAUCACUAGAGCAUAAUGAACAUGCCAAAGAAGUGUUGGAUGUAGUUGUAGAUACCCUUUCAUUGGAAAUGAACGAUUCUGCAAAACAAAGUCUUGUAGAAGGUCAAGCUAGUCGAGGAUCAAUGGGAGUAGAGGAAAUUGUUGAAGUGAAAACAUCUGAGGUUAAAGUAACUCCAAAAGGGAAUGUAGCUGUAGAUCCAUCUCAUUCACAGCCUGUCCUAACUGGUGAAAGGGAGGAACUAGACAGAAGAAUUCAAGUUUCCAGCCCACAUAAAGAUCGCACUUUAGAGCAAUCAUACAGCAGGAGCGAGAAGGAAAUGGUGGAUUAUCAGAAUUCAUUGCCCUGCAAAGUACCUAGGGAGGAGAGGAAGGCCUUGGUUGAAUCGUUUGUGAAACAGUAUCAGGAGUCAAACAAUGGGAAGUUUCCUUCCAUCAAGUUGACAAGGCAAGCAGUAGGUGGUUCAUACCCGGUUGUGUGCCAUAUUCUUCAAGAAGUUAAAUUUGUUUGGAGCCGAGAUCAAGUACCAAAACCGGGUCCUGCUGAACAAUUCCCUCAAGGUAUAAUAUCCACAGAACCUCAACCAUCUUCCGGGACUUUGUCAUCGAAUGGGACUGCAUCAAUGGCUGAUGAGCAGCACUCCAAAUCGGUAGAGGCGCAUCGUCCAGUUUCUGAUGUGCUUGGUGCGGAAUCUAAACAGCUAGAUAUUGAGAACCUGCAAGAAAUUGAUGGCGAUUCGGUAACUGUCGAGAGAUUGAAUUCUGGUGGGGUUCAAGCAACUGGGAGUGAGGUUAAUAAGAAACCGGCAGGCAUGGUAUUGGAGGCAUAUCGUUUAGAAGGAGAUGUGGAUUACAGCAGAGCAAAUGCUCCAGAGGUUCAAACAAGUGGAUCAUUAGAGCAGAAUGAACAUACCACAGAAGUGUUGAAUGUAUUUGUAGAUACCCCUUCAUUGGAAAUGAACGAGUCUGCAAAACAAAGUCUUGUAGAAGGUAAAGCUACUCGAGGACCAAUGAGUGUAGAGGAAAUCGUUGAAGUGAGAACAUCCGACGUUAAAGUAACUCCAAAAGGGAAUGUCGCUGUAGAGACACCUCAUCUGCAGGCUGUACCAAUUGAUGAAAAGGCGGAACUAGACACAAGAAAUCAAGUUUCAAGCACAGAUAAAGAUCGCACUUUAGAACAAUCAUAUAGCAGGAGCGAGAAGGUGGAGAUGAUUAUCGACGACACUUCAGUAAAUGCUGGUGGUGUCCAUCAGUCAGAUCUCCGAGCAGACAUACCAAACAAUGUUGGGUCAAAGGAUGAAAGAGCACUGGCUGCACCUCUGGAGCGGGAAACCAAGACCAUUGGAGCUGCUUUGAAAUCGUUCUUAGUAACUGCCUUUAGGAAAUUUUGGCCUGGAUAAUCAAUUGAAUCCGUUGUGUAGAGAGAGUGCAUUCACCAUUUGAUUUUUGCAGUGCAGAGUGAAUAUAGGUUGUCUUGUUGGUUACUGCUGAAUAUAGGUGCGGUAAAAAUUGGAAGGGUUGCAGUGAUGUUGCCAAAGAUUUUUUUAUGUUCGAUAACUUCAAUAGAUGCAGCAUUUCUACAUAUUUGACUCGUAGAGUAAUGUUUUUUUUUUUUUAACGUGAGAAUAGGCGCCCUAACCUUUAUUGCAUUCGAAUAAUCUGGGGUGUUUGAAUCCCCGAUCGUUCAAAAUACCGCUAUUGGCAAGAGUAGUACUCGGACUAUGGAAAAUAUGUAUCACAAAUUCCCAGCUAUUGGCAAGAGUAGUACUCGGACUAUGAAAAAUAUGUAUCACAAAUUCCCAAUCGGAGUUGUGUGACUUGCUGAGGUGAGGUUAUCCGCAGAAUAAUUGGCUUUGCGGUAAACAUGGUCUAUGCGAAUAGUCCAAGGAUGAGCAAGCCAUUUCCUGAUCUCCGUAACCUGUGUAAAAUGUGGGUGAUGUGGUCUCAAUCAGGGACUUAACACUGGACGAAUCAGUUUGCAUAACAAUUUUCCUGGGUCCUUCCCAAGCAAGAUGCAACCCAUGCACAAUACCAGCUAGCACUUUAUGAGUAAACGAACCUCCUCCAAGGUUCGCAGUAAAUGCUCUGAUGAAACAACCAUCCCUCCCCGUAGGAUGUUGCCACACAUCGUGCUCUCAGGAGAGAAAAUGACUGUGCCAUUUGUAUUGACACAUAACUAAUGAGGAUGUUAACUUCCUGAAAAACAUGACUUAAACUCAUGGCACUAUGCCUUUCAUAUCAAUCACACGUUCCCAUUCACACAAUGACAUAGCCAAUACAUUCCUUAACAUCAUUAACAAGGCAUCAAACCACAAACAAACUCGCACGUAGUGUCAGGUUGUGAUUCGGAUUCAAUUGUACACAUUUUACCCCGCAUUUUAUUACUGGUUUUUCUUAGUAGAUCACCGUCCCUCCACCAAUUUUACGCUAAGUUGUGCUUGUUUAGUUACAUUUUAGGUCUUAUCACGUGUGGGAAGGUCGAGGACGAGUUUCAGAUCGAUUGUAGGUCGAAAAACACGAAAAAGUGAAGAAAAGUCUAAAGUCAUGAGUUUUGGGUCGAUUGGAGGUUUCAGAACAAUUCGUGCAUCUCACUGGAGUCUAGUCAGUUCACGGUCACGCGACCGUGAACUCAAGCCACAGAUCGUGAAGUGACUUAGUGAAACAAUGCGAAUUUGCUCGACAUCACGAUCCAAGACGAACGUUCACGGUCGUGAAUUGAGACCGUGAACAGCCGUCGAUCUGGGUAUAAAAGGGGAAGUGAGCCGAAGGAGAAAGGGAACUUUUUGGUAGAGUUUUAGUUUCAGAUUAAAGGAGGGUUUCUAGUGAGAGAUUAGGGUUUACUCAUCUCAUUCUAGAGAGAGAAAGUGCCAUUUAAGGGAGGAAGAAAGAGAUUUGGGCUUGCCCUAAGCUAGAGGAUUGAAGGUUUCUUGUUCUCAAGGGAGAUUCAAGCAACAAGGAAGGAAGAUUGUCAUCUCUUAAUGGUUCUUUCUCUCGUUUUUGUUGUUUUCCUUUGCCUAGCUAUGGAAUAGCCUACCUACUCACUUGGGUAUUGUGAAUCCCACUCUAGAUUUGUGUUAGGAUGUAAGAACAUGGUUCUAUUGUGUUGAUUGUGUGUUUUAUAUAAUAUUUGAGUUAUCAAUCAUGAAUGAUUGACUGUUGCUUGCAUUAUCUCAUUAUUGGUUAAUUAAUCUAGAAUGUGGAAAUUCCCCUUUGGCCCAUAGGGAGCUUGACCUCAUAGCCACUUGGGUAACCCCUUUUGGGUUAAUCUAGGGCCAAAACCUCAAGUAUCAGAGUAGUACCAUGAUUUUGACGUGAUUGGUCUCUCCGCCAUCCAGAUUAACUUUCGAGGGUUGGUUCUUGCAAUCCUUAGUUGGUUAGUUAAGAGGGCUAGAUUGCCUAGUCUAUUGUUGUCAACCUUAGCCAAAAGAUUGAGAGAGUUAGUCUACUAACUUAAUGCAACAAUUCUUAAUUGAUCAACUAAGAGAGUUAGGGUUUCCUCGGUUUGUUCGAUUAAGAGAGCUAGGUUUGCUAGCUUAUUGUGGCAAUCCUUGAUCGAUCGACUAGGAGAGCUUGUUCCUAGCUAGUUGCACCCGUCUCACUGUGUAUGAACACGUCCUUCACACUAGGGUUUCGUUCAUAGUUUCUUAGCACGAGAUUAUGGGAAGCAAUACCCAAGUGAAGUCCUCUCAUAUAGAAUUCUCCUCAAUUUACUUUCCGUGUUUGUGUAUUUUGUAGUUUUUCUUAGUUUAAAACCCAAAAUCGUUUGCUAGAUAACAACCUAAGCGAUUGAAGUAGGGGGUACAUGGACCGGCCUAGGUUUGCCAAUUAAAACAUACUUGCCCUAUACUGCACCCGGUUAAGGUUUAUACUUGGGCCUUAAUUGAAAUUUUUAUUGUGGUAUUCGGGGCGAGUCAAGUUUUGGGCGCCGUUGCCGGGGAACCACGAUCCAUUACUUUGAAAAGUUCGCUUUGUGUUACUUAGCAUUUUCUCUUUUGCCCUUUUUGUGUUUGUUUUGUCUUUCAUUUGUGUUUGGCUACCAAUCUUCGUGUUGAAGGGUGGUUUGUCUGUUUGGAAGGGUUGCAGUGAUGUUGCCAAAUAUUUUUUUUAUGUUCGAUAACUUCAUUAGAUUCAGCAUUUGUACAUAUUUGGCUUGUAGAGUAAUGUUUUUCUUUGUGAGAAUAGGCAUCCUAACCUUUAUUGCAUUCGAAUAAUCCGGGGUGUUUGAAUCCCCAAUCGGUCAAAAUAUGGCCAAUGGGUAAGAGUAGUACUCGGACUAUGGAAAAUAUGUAGCCCAAUCAGAACUGUGUGACUUGCCGAGGCGAGGUUAUCCACAACAUAAUUGGCUUCGCGGUAAACAUGGUUUAUGCGAAUAGUCAAAGGAUGAGCAACCAUCUCCUGAUCUUCGUAAGCUGUGUAAAAUGUGGGUGAUGCAGUCUGAAUCAGGGACUUAACAGUGGACGAAUCGGUCUGCAUAACAAUUUUCCUGGGCCCUUCUUCCCAAACAAGAUUCAACCCAUACACAAUACCAACUAGCACUGUAUGAAUAAUCAACCCCCUCCAAGGUUCGCAGUAUAUGUUAUGACGAAACAUCCAUCGCUCCCCCCACAGGAUGUUGCCACAGAUCGUGCUCUUAGUAGAGGUAAUGACUGAGCCAUCUAUAUUGACACAUACCUAAUGAGGAUGUUAUCCUCCUGAAAAACAUGACUUAAACUCAUGGCAGUAUGCCUUUCAUAACAAGCACACGUUCCCAUUCACACUAAUGACAUAGCCAAUACAUUCCAUAACAUCAUGAACAAGGCAUCAAACCACGAACACACUCGCACGCAGUGUCAGGUUGAUUCAGUGCUUUUCAGUUCUUUCUUUGUCAAGUCCAGAGGCGGACCUACUUGUUGGCGACACCCCUUCGCCUGAGAAUUGUGUGAAGAAGCUAUAUUUUUUUUGUAUAAAAAUUUUAAUACGAGAUUUUCGACACCACUUUAAUAAUUAUAGUCGAUAUUCCUUCAUUAGGCGACGACACCCUUUUCAACAAUACUGGAUUCGCCCCUGGUCAAGUCCUGUAUUCAAACAGGUAUAAUCAAUAGACGACAACACAUCGUAAUCCAAUCCCAUUGUCAGGCUUGACAGUGCUCUCCCAUAGAGCUAGGGUCAUGAUCAUCGCUGAAUGUAGCUCGAUCUGCCCGAUAUCAUGCCCAAGGGUCCUACCGUAGGACUAGAGUUGUGAAUAUGUCAUGCUCGAAAUUAUUAUUAUUAUUAUUAUUAUUAUAUAUAAUAAUCCAUAAGUUUUAGCUUAACACUAUGUUUGGCUAGCAGUGCAAAGGGAGGGGGUGCAAGUUUUGGGGGGUAAAUGUCAUUCCCAAUGCACUUAGCCCAUUUGGUUAAUUUGCAAUAGUGCUAGCCUGCUAGGGGGAGCAAAUGGGGGUUAAAUCACUAUUUCCCUCAACCCACCAAUUUGGGGUGCAAAAGAGAGAGAAAAGAAGGAGGAAGGGGUUAGUGGGUAAGAUUAAUUUUAGAAUUAUUAUAAUAUGUCUUAUUAUAUUCAAAUAAUUAUAUUUUGAAUAAAAACAUGUAAUUAUUAUUAAGAUAGCAAGAAAUACUAUAAUUACUAUUGAAUCAUAAAUCAUACUUUUUAUUGAUUUUUUAUUAUCGUAGUUAUUAUAAAUAUAAAAUUUGUCCAUGAAUAGCAAGUUUGUCAAAUUGCUCCAAUUUUUGAAUGUGUUUGACGAAGUAUGACUCAAAUUUAUGUUUCAAAGUAUAGAGAAGAAGUGUCGUGGAAAAGGUAGAACGAGAAAAUGUUUGGUUGACUCAGGUCAAUUUGGUUGACUAAAUUUGCGUUGAAAACUAUACAUAAGAAGUAUCGUGUAAAUAUUGAAAAAAAUAGACCGAUGACAUUGGAGAGGACCAAAUAGGACUGAAUGUAGUGGUGGUCGAUCAUUGGUCCUAAGGUUCAUCUAGUCAAAUCGAGAUCACCAUGUGACAACCAACGCUCGAGUGUGAGACAUGAGCUAGUUGCUAGUUAUAUGUCUUGGCCAUAGGUUGGGCUUCGUGCUUUGAGAUUGCCGUAAAUUACUAUUAAAGCAUUAUUAUCUUAAUAAUUAUUUUUAUUGAAUUAUAUUUGUUAAUAUUUAUUCUUAUUAUAUAUAAUAUUUUUUGUUUUAUUAUUUGUGAUUAUCUUUUAUAAUUUUAAUACAUCCUUUUUAUAAUAAUAAUAAUAAUAUAAUUUUAUUACUUUUCACUAUAUUUGCACCCACUACUUUUUCAUCCAAACAACAAUGUACCCCUCCACUUACACCCUCCACCAAGUUGCACCCUCCUACAAUUUUCCCAACUUGUACCCCACUCGGAUUUGCACCCCUUUUUGCCAAACAUAGUGUAAGGGGUCAUAUGGCCUAUGGGCGGGUGCACCGUAAUAGUUUACAUCCCCGUUUUCACUUUGACACCAACUCGGGUUAAACAGGAAUGAGUAUAUCUCCAUUAAGCAAAAAUUAUCGUUAUCAACCAACAUUCCAUGCUACAAAUAUCUAAUUUCUCAAUUUAAUUCUUUCAUAUUUUUGCUUUUAUGUGACACAAUUGGUAUCUGAAUCCAGCAUUCCGCAAUCACACAUACCUGACCUAUCCCAACAAAGUUAUCUUUGUUUACUCGUCCAAAUCUAAUGGCUGCAAGAAACUCGAUUAAAAAGGGAUGAAAAAGUGCUUCUAACAUCUUCUUUAUAACCGUGCUUCUACCAUAUUAAAAGUCUAAGACUCUACACAAAAGUUCCUCACCACAUUCAAACACCAAACAUGCAAUACAAUAAAAUGAUUGAAAUAAAGACACUCAUAAGAAAUAUCAACAUAAUCGCCUAUAAUGUCAAUCUUUAACUUUCCCCGCCCCAGCAUAAACCGCACAAUCAACCGGUGCCUUGCAAAAAGCAUUGGACCUAAGAAUGACAAUUUCGAUCUGACCUAUUUAUUCGCCUGAUAAGUCUGUUUUGGGGCUGGCACGAGUACGGGUACCUCUGAACCCAGUCUGCCCUGACCGGGCCCAUUCUUGACACUUUUUGCCUAAAUUACAUGUAAUUUUAUUCAAAUUCUUAGGAUUUUACUUUUAUUGCCUCAAAUUUAAGCUAUAACGAAGUUGUAAUAAGCGGGAACCUAAUUUUCUCGAAUAAUUUAACUGAGUUUAUCAUAUUAUGGUUUGUUUCUUAUUUUUUCAAUGGAAAAAUAAAUCUUUCUAAUGCUU